AAAAAGAAAAAAAUCUGUGCGAAAUAAUGAAUUUAGAAAAAAGUUUUUAAUAAGACAGUGACGGUAUAAUAGUGUUUUUUUUUUGUUUAAAAAUUAUUUUAAAAAAAUCGCGUGUGUGUAAAAACGUUGUUUUUGAGUGGGAUUUUUUUGGAUAAUUUUUGCGUUGAAGAAGAUUUUUUUGGCUGUAACUGGCGGACAAUAUGAUGAUAUCUCGGUGGAGAGUGGUGUGGUGGCUGUCGCUAGCGCUGUGUAGCGCGGCGCUGGCGGAGGACGCGCCGAAGGGGCUCGUCAGCAAGGACACAGAGCAGGACCUGGUCGCUGAGGCCACGCAGAACGGAGCGAGCACACAGAAGCGCGAGGCGGGUCUGUCCAACUCGUACGGCGAGCCACUGCCGCCUGACGCAUACGGCCCGCCCAGCGAUCUGCCCAACUCUAUUUCAGAUCUUCCGCAUCCUGUACCAGCCCCGGUGUACGGCGUGCCAGACGUGCAAGUGUUCGCGGAGCCGCCACCGGGUGCCUACGGGCCCCCCGCGCCCGUCAGCUUCCCCAGCCAGACCUACCACGGGCCCCCACCGCCCGUGCAGAGACCUAAACCUGUAUACGGACCACCAAAACCAGUCUACGGACCCCCUAAACCUGUCUACGGCCCACCGAAGUACACACCAUCUAAACCGAUCUACUCGCCCCCAAAGAAGACAUACGGACCCCCAAAGCAAAGCCUCCCAAAACCUACUUACGGGGUUCCUUUCAAGCCGCCAAAGAUUACACUGAACAAACCGCUGUUUAAUAUCCCGAAACCAGUCUAUGGGCCUCCUAAACCUGUAUAUGGGCCUCCUAAGAUUACCUACGGGACCCCUAUCAGAGAUACCCCAGCUCUACCCCUGCCGGAGCUGCCGCAAGUACCUCUGCCGCCCAUAGACAACAACAUCGACUUCGGACUGAACCUCCCCGCUCCUAUCUAUGGCACUCCUCUCGUGUCUCUGCCUGUGGACCUGAAGCCGAACUUCCCGAUACCGAGUGACACAUACGGACCACCCGGACAUGUUCUUGGACCAGUUGGGCCGAACGACCAAUUAGUGCUGCAGAAUAUUGGUAAUGUUGGUCAUUAUGGACCUCCUCAGCCGGAUCCUAACCCACAGCCACCUCACCCAGGCAUCCCAGCUCCACCUACUCCUCCUCAUGUGUUAUACGACGGAUGGAAGCCAAUUCCUGGAGUUUCCAAGCCAAUUGGACAGGUCAGUGACCAAUACGGUCCUCCGCAACAAGGAGGUCAAGAGAUCCACAUUAACUUAGACCAGACUUUACCCAGCGUUGAGCAACAUCAUCAGUUCUCGUCAGGCAGUAACGAGUUCCUCUCCGGCCACCAGUUCUCGUCGACAAACAACCAGUUUACUUCGGGCAGCAAUGACUUCUCUUCUGCCCAAAUAUCUUCAGGGUACGCUAAUGUACAUCAUGAUGCUUUGGCCAACAUUGAUUUGAAUGCUAUCGUUGGAGGAGACUCUAACCACAUUGAUCAAUCUAAGACAGUCUUCGAAGCGCAUUAUACUGAGAACCAUUCAGCUCCUCAAAGUGAUGUCGUCUCCUCAGUUCAAGUGGUAUCAGGCAAACCGUUUGAUACUUACGGAGCUCCGCCAGUAGAGUCUCUCUCUAACGGUCCGUAUCCUGCAUCUUUAAGGCAGCAAGGAGCUAAAGGAUUAGUCGCUCCUUCAGGACAGUACGGCGUCCCUCCCGGAAGUCAGUAUGGAGCUCCACCACGUCACAGCCCUGGACUACCUCUGCCGUAUGGAUACCACUCUGGUGGAGGUCAUUCAGGAGGCAGCAAUCCUCGUCAACCAAUCAAAUUCAGGGAAUCAGUACCCGAAGGUUUAUUUCAGAACAUAGCUCAAACAACGCACCACAAGGACACCCACGGUAUUGAUCACGUUCACCACGGUCCUGCUUACUUACCCCCACCGAUCCGGCAAAUCAAAGAUAUUAAUAUAGACACUGGUAAUGCUGGAUUUAAUUCAGGUAACAGUGUUUCUCUGUCCAUAGAACCUACUAGUUUGUACAGUCUUCCACAUUCAGGAAGCCCCAUUGCCUUCCAACAAGUACAACAGCCAGCUAAUCUCUACGGAUCUCCUAUCGACUCUUACUCCGCCCCUCUCCUGACAGUAGGAGUGGGAGACCACGUAACGUCAGGGUCUCACACCAACGCAGUUACGACGACUAUCGACGGAACUAUACUCGCUAAUCUAUCGAACUUAGACGCGGCUGCGAUAUUGAAACACUGUCCGUACCAUGAAGCGAUUCUUAAAGCCGCUAAGAAUGGGGAAAAGAUUCCUGUAGAUCUAGCUACCAGUUACAUUAACAGUCUCAGUUCUUUGGGUACUACAUUAAACAAAUCUUCGAAUAAAAUAACUAUUCCUGAUGCUUUUACUAAAGACUUGGCAGCCUCCCAUACAGUGCUACACCCAACUACAAACAACAAGAGAGAAAACAAAGAAAGUUUCAACAUUCAGAAAUCAAAGUCUUUGAAAGAGAAGCACACAAUCAAAGAUGAGAGACAGCAGUACUUGAGCGAACAGAUUCAGAAGACUUCUGACAGGAUCAGAGACUUGAACGAGGAAGCUAAACUAUUGCAGCAAAAGAUCGCUUCGAGCAGUCAGAAUAUCAACAUUGAUGCACCGAACAGUGGUAAGGUUGGGUACUCUGUGCAGAUCCAAGCGUCUAACGGAGGCAAGUCAUCCGUGCCUCAUGAUCAAUUGCUAUCUGAAGGAUUAUUGCAGAGUAUACUGCAAGCUAUUGAUGACCCUGCCAAGCCUACACAGCAGCCUCUGCAGAUUGCGCAACAACAAAACUCCUUCUCUGACGGCAUAGUUCUACCCGAUGGAUAUGAACCGAUUGACAAUAGCAAGGCUGACCAAGCUACACAACAGAGCAACAAAGUUGUUAAAACGGAGGUCGUACAUAAUUGCGACUUGAAGACUGAAGCGUCUUCAAAAAACGAAGUCGUAGUUCCUCCCCCGAAUGACAUAAAGUCUAUAGACAAGGAUGAUAACGAAGUCGCGAUAUUCUUUGAUGAGAAAGAGCCGGUGACUGAAAUAUCUGUAGCCACGAGUAUCAGUGAGGAAGAUGAUAGAAGUAAAGCGUAGGUAGUCUAGUCUCAUCGGGCAUUUGACAAACUGUACCUAAUACAUAGAUGUUUAGUAUAGAAUGGAUUGAGUGUUACCUUUGUGUGAAGUUCAUCAUCAUUUGCUUAAAUAUGUUG